ACGAACGCCGAAGCGAGAACCUCCCGAUUCCCGAUAUCUAGUGGACGGUAGUUUGCUGCGUGCGGUUGCGUUGGUAAUGGUUUUUCUUAUUCGUUUCUUCAGUUUCUCGGUCGUCGCGGGUCCGAAAAAAAGGCAUUUUCAGUCGCAGUUUUUCGUUUUGUUUCCGGUAAAUAAUAGCAGUCUUCGGGUGAGUGAUUGGAAACGUUAACGGAAUUGAAAGUGCAAAAUUUCAUCCCCGGAAAAGUUGGUGAAAAAAUCUAGAAGCCAGUCUAGAAGUUUUUUUGCUUUCGGCUCUCUGGGGUUUGGGAGAAUCCGCGGAAGAACAAGCAGAAUAUUGGUGUGAGGGAGAGGAGGCUCUUUUCAUCAGAGGGAAAUUUUGGAUGUGUGUUGUGUCGAGUUUGGCUGUCAAAAAAAUAAAAAGAGCAAAACGUCAGCCAGUGGUGUUGGUGGUGGAUAAACAUCGCAUCGCACACUUCUUUUUUUUUUUUUCUUUGGAUUGUCGUACUCGACAGGCUAAGACCAUUGGUUGGUCCAUCUCGCAUCGCACACUUCGUGGAUUCUGAUCUCGUCGCAGUUUUGACAAGGGAAGGAAAAUUCCGGACGAUUUCUUCCUUUUUUCGAAGUGUAAGGUGUUCGGGGGCGUUUGUUUUGCUGGAAGCAGGUUGCAUAAGCCAGAUAACAGUGUGCAAGAAACGCCUUUCAGGUCCGGAAGCAGGAAUUUGGUACGCCGAGUGUGAACUUCCUGUCGGAAGAGUGAGAAUCGAUAGAUCCUAAAGGGAAGUGCUGUCUGUGCUGAGUGGUGGUGGAAUUGUGGACGCAGAAAAGAUAAUUGACGACGACAGUGUGGAAGGCAAAAAAUGAACACAAAAUCCGACACCAAUCGGCAUGUACUAACGAUUCAGGCGAAAAAGAAGCGUCAUAAGGCAGCGAAGAAAAAGGCCAAACAACAGGCGGCCGCAGCGGCAGCAGCAGCUCAGAACCAGCAGCAGAGGGAGCAAAGCCAGGUGUCUUCCGAUAAUGAGAUGAAUCCGGUUCCGGUGAAUGACAAUCAACAACAGCAGCAGCAGUAUUCGAGCUUAAAUAGCAGUAAUAAGAAGAACAGCAGCUCGAAUGAGAGCAUCGACGAUCCGGACGAGAGGCUGCUGGAUGACGCUGAAGGCUACAGUAGUGAUGAAAGGGAAGGCGAACAGGAAGGCCGAGAGGAUUACUGUCGGGGUGGUUACCAUCCGGUAAAAUUAGGAGAUUUGUUCCUGCAGCGCUAUCAUGUCAUCCGGAAACUUGGGUGGGGUCACUUUUCUACGGUGUGGCUCAGUUGGGAUCUGGAGGAGAAACGAUACGUUGCUCUGAAGAUUGUCAAAUCUGCACAGCAUUUCACCGAUACGGCAAAGGAUGAGAUUCAAAUUUUGAAAUCGAUACGAAAUGCCGACCCGGCCGAUCCGAAACGGAACAAAACGGUUCAGCUGUUGAACGAUUUCCGAAUAACCGGAGUGAAUGGCACUCACAUUUGCAUGGUGUUCGAAGUGCUGGGGCACAAUCUGUUAAAGUUGAUUCUGAAGAGCAAUUACCGAGGAAUUCCAGUGCCUAAUGUCAAGUCUAUCAUCCGACAGGUGCUGGAAGGAUUAGACUAUCUGCACUCGAAAUGCAAAGUGAUUCACACCGACAUCAAGCCGGAGAAUGUCCUGCUCUGCGUGGACGAAAGCUACAUCCGAAAGUUGGCCUGCGAAGCUACGGAACUUCACACGAUGGGAUGUCGUCUGCCGUAUUCCUUGAUUUCAGCUGCCCCGCCACAAUUCCAGGAGCAGCCAAUUAGCCAAAACAUGAGCAAGACCAAGAAGAAAAAGCUCAAAAAGAAGGCCAAAAUGCAAACGGAACUCAUCCGGCAGCAGAUGGAGCACAUCCAGAAGCUUGAAUUCGGUAGUUUAGAGAACGGAGAUGUGGACGCCAGUUUGAAGGAAAAUCAGGUUGAUUGUGAAUCUCCGAUAGCCUCACCGGAAAGCCCUCGGCUUCUGAAUGGGGACCGAUCCGGAUCCGUAUCGUCCGGCGAUGAAGAUGAACCAUCUCCCAAAUCGGCCUCCAAACCAAACGCCACCUCCAACACUUCCGCCACGCCCAGUCCGGAUCAGUCCGCUUCCAACAACAAUGACGACUCGAUUACCGAGAAAGCUUCCUCAUCACCUCUCCCGAUUGCCUCAUCCUCAGAUCCUGCCUCAUCUAGCAACAAGUUGGAUAUCAGCGCUUCGAUGCGUCGGAUCUUGUCCCGGGUGAAAGAACGCAAAGACCCGACCUUCGAAGUGUGCGACGUCGAAGUCAAGAUUGCCGACUUGGGCAAUGCAUGUUGGGUGGACAAACACUUCACCGAGGACAUCCAAACUCGGCAGUAUCGCUCCCUGGAAGUAAUCAUCGGAUCGGGGUACAACACUUCGGCUGACAUCUGGAGCACAGCUUGCAUGGCAUUCGAAAUGGCCACCGGAGAUUAUCUGUUCGAGCCGCACUCGGGCGAUAACUAUUGCCGCGACGACGAUCAUAUUGCCCACAUCAUCGAACUGCUUGGUCCCAUCCCGAAGCGGAUUGCCCUGUCCGGUCGGAUGUCCAACCAUGCGUUCAACUCGAAGGGUGAGCUGCGGAACAUCACCGGGCUCAAGCCGUGGGGCCUCGUCGAAGUGCUGCGGGAAAAGUACGACUGGAAGCUAGAGGAAGCGAUCGAGUUUAGUGAUUUCCUGACGCCGAUGUUGGAUUACGACCCGAAGAACCGAGCGACCGCAGCUGAGUGUCUGGCGCAUUCUUGGCUGAAGCACUAAAAUCAAUCGAAGCGGAGUUUUGUGUGUGUUUGGGAAGAAAAUUGUAAAGAAUGAGCGGGAAACGCUAGAAGAAAAAAUCGGUGAUACGUGUGGCAAGUGAAAACAGAGAGGAAGAGAGCCAUAAAUGAUAUUGCACAGUGCACGGAGUGGGAGGGGGAGGGGCGAAGAAGAAUGAAGAAUGACAAAAGGAUACGAGACAGGAAAAUAGCGGAGGAGCGGAAGAGGAACGAGAAAAACGCGCGGCGGCUGAGGAUAAUAAGAUACAACUAGGAAAAUUCACAUCAUUGCAUCUGCGGGAGAAAUACCACGACACGCGAAUGCCGCUACAUGCUGCUGCGGCAAGCUGAUGGGGUGUUCUCGCUAAAUGGAAUCCUGCCGCAGGAAUCAAAAUCACCACUGGACACAAAACAGCAAGAAGAGGAAUUUAUGGGAAGUUAGUAACAAAAAUUGUUUCAACACUAGACACAGGCUAAAGAGAAAUUAAAUCUUAACGGAAGCAUAUGAAGCAACACCCAGACAUUAUGAAAUGAGAUAAUAAAAAAAAAGAAGUAAAUAAUCACCAAAACCGAAUAAACGUGAAUAUUUUGUAUCGCCUAGUUAUAUUGAAAAGAAUAAAAGAAACCGAACAGAGUACAUAAAAGUCAGCUGCGGCGGUGUCUGAGGAGAACUGUUACUACUUUAAUCAACGCCACACUGCUACUGCACGCACCGACCGUUGUCGCCCUAUUAGGAAAUGGGUUUAUGCAAAAGAGGAAUACUUUUCGACUAUGGGUAGGAGCACCGUUAUGAGGUACGUAGUGGUGCAGCUACUAAACAGGAAGGAAGAACGACGACGACGACCAAUGGAGACAUGACACCGGGGACGGCGGCCAAUGCGAAGCAAAGAUGGCAAAUGAGUUCGCAUCGGGAGACAGGUUGACAUUCAUUGUAGUUGGUCGGUCGGUAGACAGGUAGGCAAAUCUCGGGUAUCGUUUGUCGUUUUGCGGGGACUCGGUGGGCGUACCGUAGAAGGAUGCGAAGUGAGGGAUGAGGUGUUGAUAACGAGAACAGGAAGGAACCGCUUUUGCGGAUGCUGCACAGGCAGUGCUGGCAGUUGUAGGCGGUAAUAGGAUGGAACGGAACGAACGACCAAUCUUCUUCAUCGUGUGCUUUUUGUCGUUUCAGAUACCCUUGGUCAGUGGGUGAGCCUUGGGGUUUCCAUUCAAAGGAGUACUUCAUGCUAUGUCCAAAGGAGGUUAUAAACCUCUAUAGAAAUUUAUAAAAACUUCAAAAGAAGAUUUCUGAAAAUGAUCAAGAUAGAACAUUUUGCGAUUUUUACUUGAUUUUAUAAGAAACAAUUUUGAUCAAGAGCAGCUCCAUAUGAAAAAAGGUACAUGAAAGUUUCAUAACCAAACCCCUUUGGACAUAGCGUGCACAAGGGAUGGUACGCAAAUUGUGUCACGCUAAAUUUAAACUUUUUCACCUUCCCCCACUUUGUCACGGUUUUUGCAUGAGACCUCCAAACAUUUUGUAAGGGUUAGCUCGCUUGGCUUGACCCCUGCCUUGGAGCGUAACGUAAUUGGUGCAUGAUCACUAACAUAGUUUUUUUACUUUGAUCUAAAUCUCUUUUGGGUGUGAGUGAGGAUAAAGGAACUUACAAUUCGUAGGUUGAACAGUUUUAUGAGUAUAUGGCGAAUGACCCAAGGAUCUGAAAUGAUAAAAUGCCGCCAAACAGAUUUACAAUAACGUUAUAGAGUAGCAUACAAACAAUAGUUAGCCGGAUGACAAAACAAAAUAUGAAAACCCGCGAUCAUGUUAGUAUUGGAAGAGGAAAUUAUGGAUGGGGAAAUCAGCAGUGGGUAAUCCUAUUAUUACUGU